GUAUUUAAAGUCUGAAUGAUGGAAAAUUCGCCCAUAAAAGUGAUUACAUAGUUACUGAAUGUACCCUCCUCCUUUCCCGCCCAAUUCCUUUUUUUAUCUUUCAGCUGCAAAAACGCUGCGGAGGUGAAUGUUUCCCUUUCUCCGUAUCUUACUGUGCAAAGUUUGAGCUUCGGCGUGGCUUGUAAUUUGUUUUCUACCCCUGAGAGGACUUUACCCCUGUUCGAUCGCCAGAGUUACUUUGUUUGAUUUGCAAAUUGAAUGCAGUGAGGUAACGUAGUCCGACGGACCAGAAAAAUCCCGAGGGAAGAGCAACAAUCUCCACAGCUGUCACCACCCGCCGUUUCUGACAAAUUAUUCGAACAUGGCAGAUCUCAGUGUCCUGGUUGCCAGCGUCUUGGCCGCGCUGUCACUCGCAUGGUUCCUGCUGUUAAGGAGAAGAAAAGAGGGUGAGCCUCCAGUUGAAAAUGGUUGGAUUCCAUACUUUGGCUGUGCAUUUGAGUUUGGUGCAAAUCCUCUCAAAUUCCUGCAAAAUCACCAGAAGAAAUAUGGAGAUGUUUUUACAUGUAAGAUAGCUGGAAACUUCAUUACUUUCGUCACUGAUCCCUUUUCAUACAGCUCUGUAAUUCGGCAUGGAAAAUUUCUUAACUUUCAGAAUAUUGCGUUAACAAUUUCAAAAAGGGUAUUUGGUCAUGUGGAUUUUAACGAUGCCAAAUAUGAGAUAGAGUAUGAAGAAAUUCAUCAAAUCUUCAACAAGACCCUUCAAGGAAACUCCUUGAGUCCUUUGGCCUCAAGUAUGAUGGAGAAUCUCCACUUUGUGAUGGCACAGGUUAAGUCACCCUCAGACUCUGAUGGCUGGAUCACUGAAAGCCUUAAUGCUUUUUCAUAUAGGAUAAUGUUUGAAGCUGGAUAUUUAACACUCUUUGGGAAAAAUGAACAAGCAAUGAAAGAAAAGGAUAUUGAAAAGGUGAAUGCGCAGCACGUUGCCAUUCAAACGGCCAUGACAAAUUUUAAAGUGUUUGACAGUGUAUUUCCUGCUUUAGUUGGCGGUAUUCCAUUAUCAUUUUUCAAAGCAGCCAAGGAAUCAAGAAUGGCUCUGGCACAAGGAUUUUUACAUAAAAUAUUAAGACAAAAUAAUAAUAAAUCUUUCCUCAUCGAGGAAAGAAUGAAUCUUUUAGAUCGUUCCCCUGCACUUGAUGAUCUUGACAAGGCAAAGACUCAUGUCAUAAUGCUGUGGGCCUCACAGGCUAAUACUCUUCCUGCCUGCUUCUGGACCAUUUAUUAUCUACUAAGGUCCCCCGAAGCAUUGAAAGCAGUGAAAAAUGAAAUUCAAAACCUACUCCGCAUAACAAAUCAAAACUUUGGAGACAUUACUAAUCCUAUCAUAUUCACCAAAGAACAACUCGAUAGCAUGACGGUGAUGGGAAGUUUAAUAAGUGAAGCUCUCCGCUUAUCCAGUGCGUCAAUGAUGUUGCGUGUUGCCACUGAGAACAUUGUGCUGACUUUGGAUUCGGGUAUGAAGGUGGCUGUGCGAAAAGGAGACCAAAUUGGUUUAUAUCCUCAAUUAUUACAUUUGGAUCCAGACAUUUAUGACAACCCAUUGGAAUUUAAGUGUGACAGAUUUUUGGAUGAAAAUGGAAAAGAGAAGACCACAUUCUACAAAUACGGUAGAAAGCUCAAGACCCAUCUGUUGCCAUUUGGUUCUGGUGUCAGUAUAUGCCCUGGUCGCUUUUUUGCUAUCAAUGAGAUCAAACAGUUUUUGUCUUUACUAUUAUGUUAUUUUGACAUGGAACUACUUGAUCCUUCAGCACCCACCCCACCUCUGGAUAAUUCAAGAGCUGGGUUUGGAAUUCUUCCGGCAGUUUAUGAUGUUCAGUUCCGCUAUCGUCUGAAAUAACAAUAGCAUACUGUUAUCAUAGAGCAAUAGAAUUUGGCCCAUUGCCUAGUUUAGAAUGAUUUUUCUUUAUUUAGUCUACACAAAAACGAAUACUCUUUAUUAAUGUACAAGCUAAUGACUGUUCUAACAGUUUUAUCAUUGAAGUUUAAAACAGUGUUAAGUUUAUCCUAUUGUUUCUUAAUUUUUCUACUGACAAUUGUUGUGCAAUUCUUACAAUACAGGACUCAAUUUGUGAUUUAACAA